AUGGAAUAUUCAUCUAUUCAAUUGAAUGAUUUACCAGAUGAAAUUCUUAUUUAUAUUUUUAAAAAAUUGUCUAAUGCAGAAAUACUUUAUUCUUUAUCAGGUGUCAAUAAACGAUUAAAUAAAAUUGUACAUGACUCUAUUUUUACAAAUGAUUUAUCUCUUCUAAUGUCUACAUCGGAUGGUUUAGUUUAUUCAUUAUCUGAUCUAAUACUUGAUAGAUUUUAUUCACAUAUUUUACCUUCGAUUCAUCAAAAAAUCCAAUGGCUUCAUCUUGAAUCACUUUCAAUGGAACGUAUUCUUCAUGUUAAAAAUUAUCCAAAUUUAAAUAGAAUUAAUUUACAUAAUAUUGAAGAAAAAAAAGCUAUAGAUCUUUUUACUAAUGAAACUUCCAUAAUUCGUACAUUGAAAAAUCAACUUUUAUCACUUACUAUCGAUAUUAGUAUAAACAGAACACAAGAUUAUCUAACAAACAAUAAUGCAAUUAUAUUUAAUCGUAUCUUUACUAUGUUUCCUAAUUUACAAUAUUUAAAUUUUGGUCGAUCUUCAAUUUCCGAUGAACGAUUAUCCUUUUGUUUUAGACGUCCAACUGUUAUUUCUACAAAUUUGUUAGAAUUACAUGUCUGCUUGAAAACUUUUUAUGAUUGUCUUUAUUUACUUGAUGGACAUUUCAAUCAACUUCGUAUACUUUAUGUUGAUGUUGGUGUGAUUAACUUUAUGAACAAAAGUAAAGAACUAUCCAAUUUAAAAUCCUUUUGGCUACAUUGUAAAUCGAAAAUAUUUGUUUAUGAUGAAUUAGUUGUACCAUUUUUACAUCGAAUGUCAAAUUUAGAAAAGCUUGAUUUGUAUAUUAAUAUUGAUGAAAGAAAAACAUUUUUUGAUGGUAAUGAUUUGAAGAUGAAUAUUAUUAAUCAUAUGUCACAAUUAAAUAAAUUCACAUUUAAUAUUCACUCAUUAAGUAGUUUUUAUAAUGAAAUUAAUUUACCAUCAAAUGAAGAUAUUCAAAAGACAUUUAAAGAUUUUAAAGAUAAACAAAUUAUCUAUUGGAAUGAUUAUUUUCCAAAACUAAAAAAAGGUUAUUGUCGUAUUUAUUCAUAUCCAUAUACACUCAAAUAUUAUGAUGAUAUAACGAAUAAUUUUUCAGGUGGAGUAUUUAAAUAUGUUCGAAAAGUAUCAUUAUUUGAUGAACGUCCUUUUGAACAUGAAUUUUUUCUUCGAAUUGCUCAAUCAUUUCCAUUCAUGGAAGAAUUAACUGUACGUAAUGAAAAACGACAAAUUAAUAAACAAUUUAGAAAUUCAAAAAAUUUAUCAAUCAUUAAAUAUCCUUAUCUCAAACAACUUGAUCUUAUUCAAAGUUGCAUAGAUUACUAUGAACAAUUCUUAUGCGAUACUCUAACUUAUUUACCAUUUGAUGUUCGUCUUCUUAUGGAUCAUGAAUUAGUGACAAAAGUGACACACAAUUUCACAAGAAAUAGAACAAGAAAUAAUUGUGCAAAAAUUAAUUACGUAAAUUUAUGUAUAGAAUUACAAGGAGAUGAUGGAUAUUCUGACAAUUUUUCUGAUGGAAAACAACAAGUUCCUCAAUAUAUAAAAGACUAUUUUCCUCAUACACAAAUUGAUUGA